GGUAUAUUCCGAGGAUUUCAUUUUCCGUCGGAAUGUCCGUCAGAAUACCGCUGUUUUCUUGUAGUGGUCCCAGGUAAAUAUUAUUUUUAGAUACUCCACUACUUCUUCCAUACAUAUAUACAAUACUUUUAUAAGGAAAUGUAAUCAUAAUGAAUAUAUUAAUUACAUAUGGAAUUUGAUUUAUUUACUAAUGUGUAUAAUUAUAUAUGGAAUGUAGAUUUGCAGAUAUCAAGAAUAGUUGGAGUCCUUAUCAGAGAUUAUGUAACCAUAAUUGGCUUUGACUAGUAUAUGUCAAGUUCUAAAAAUAAUCAUUUAUUUGCCAAAACAUUAAAAAUAUCUAAAUGUACAGAUAAUUAUAAAUUAAUUCUACACGAGUGAAAUAUAUAUAUAUAUGCUAACAUGUACAACACAUAAAAAUAUAGGACUUUGACAUAAAAGAAGAAAGGACGAUGACGAGAGGACGCGAAGAGAAGAUCCAUGAAACCUCACUUUCACCCUCGCCACUUUGUCACCGUAGAAUAUCCACCAGAAAUAUCAACAUCCCUCUCGAUCUAACGGUGGAAAUUCUAAAAAAACUACCGGCGAAAUCUUUAGUGAGGUUCAAAUGCGUCUCAAAGUGUUGGUCAUCAAUUAUCAGCAGCCGUAAAGACUUCAUAGAAUCGAUCGUGACUCGGUCCUUGACUCAGCCUCCGCGUGAUGCCCAUCUUAUCGAGGAUCUCUACGACAAGACUGAUGAAUGUUUGUUAGUCAUCUCAUCUCCUUGCCCUCAAAUGACUCACAAAGAAUCGGUAUCGAUCCUUGGAACAGAUCAUGAAUAUGCCCGCGGUUUGUUCCUUUGUUGGUCAUAUGAACAUCAAGAGGGAGCUAUAUAUAACCCUACUACGAGGCAGUCCUUCAACUUACCAAAGAUGAAACAUUCACAUCCUGGGCUUUGCUUCUUCGGAUAUGAACCUCUCGAGAAUCAAUACAAAGUAUUGUUCAUACCGAACCCUGUCCACAGGGUGGAGCAGGCUUGUCAAGUUUUCACAUUAGGAGAUACCAAGGCGGAGGAGCAGUGGAGGAAUAUCCAAAACAUUGAAUAUCUCUAUCCAUCCUUAAGUUAUCGCAGUACAGUUUCCAUCAACGGGGCUAUUUAUUUCCUAUCAAGGUUUAAAGUAAACGAUACUACUACUGAAUAUAAAAUUUUGAGGUUUGAUAUUCGGUCCGAAAAGUUUUAUAAUGUAGACCUUCCAAAAACUGUGACACUGAAGGAUCUGUGUUGGUAUUAUCUGAUAAACUACCAAGGAAAGUUAGGACUUAUAUGUUGCCAGCAGCGCAUGGAAAUUUGGAUUAUGGAAGAAGAUGCUGAGAAGAAGACACAAAGAUGGUCCAAGAUCUUCUUUUAUGAGAUGGGGGGUUUCGGUAACUGGCUCAUCUCGGAUGUUACUCGUGCUGGUGAGAUUGUUUUUAUCAAUAAGCCUCUUGACACGUUACGUAUAUGUUAUUAUGAUCCCAAGCGCAACAGUGUCAGAUAUGUUGACCUUAAAGACAGCUAUCCUAAGGAAAGAGGUUGGGAUAAGAGUCUUCUAAUCAGGACUUUUCCAGAUUACGCCGAGAACACAAUGUGUUUGUACUAGUAAGGAUCUUUCAAUGCAACAUGUGCUUCUUUAUUGAUAGGUGUAAAUGUAAUGAUGGAAACAUAGGUUACAUAUAUGCCCUAUUACAACGAAUUCUCGUUGGGUUUGUCUUUUCUUUUGCUUGAUUAUUGCUGUAGUCCUUAAUUAUCAGAGAUUAUAUAAUAUGUAUGGAAUGUUGUUUUACAGAUAUUGAUAACAACCGUAGUUUUACCUGAGGUUUUUUUUUUUUUUGAUAAGUAUGUGAAUUUUCAUUAGCAAGUAAUGACACAAAGAGA